AUGACACGCGGAAAUCAGCGAGACUUGGCUCGUGCGAAGAACCUCAAGAAGCAGCAGGAACAGGCAAAGAGGAAAGGAACCGCCGAAAAGGGUGCCAAUGCGGGAGCCAGCUUGGAUACCCGCAUGAACCGUGAUGCCGACGUGAUGCGGAAAAAGCAAGAACUCGCCGCACAGAAAAAAGCCGAAGAGGAAGCAGCUAAGCAAGGCAGCACCACGAAAGUCGCCAAGAUCGAUCCGCUGGCUUUG